AUUGCAUUUAACAUCACUAUGACCCUGACUCGUCCCCAAUUGUCUUUUUAUAAUCUCGUACAGCGCGUGCAGAACAGGGCCAGGUGGGAGUGCAGGGUGAGAUGUGCAGGGAGAAAGCAAGAUAGGGAGACAUUGUCUUCUCCCUUUUCCCCUUCCCAUCGCCUCUUGCUCACCUUCGUGCCACGCGUAUGAAGAUGACUGGGGACAAGUCACCCAUUAUAGACAUGUUGGACAUCAUUAAUAUAUGAUUUUUCCUCUUUACUCAUUCGUCAUCUUUGACCAGUCACUAUUGGAAUUUGAACAUUUUUUCUGUUUUCCACUAUACACCAGUACCCUUUAGGCUCUACUGGUGCAAUGUAACACAAAAUCGGCCAGUCAUGACAUGUCAAACAAGAUGGGAUGACAUAUAAGCCUAUUCUGUAAGGCCUGGUUCACACUAGCUACAUAAAGACAUACCAGGUAACAACAUGAAAUCACUGUUGGUUAUGUGAACAUCAACAUAGACAUAAGGAAAGAAUCGGUUUUUUCCUUAUGCUAUAUUGUAGUUACUCUGGUGUUGUUAUUUAAAAUGUCAUUAUGUCAGAAUGUUCAUACAGCAAAACAUAGUGAUAUAACAUUCUUCUGCUGCUGUUAUGUUUAUGUUGUUCUGUCGCUAAUGUGAACUAAGGCUAACAGUCAACAUCAUUUCAGCAUUAAUGGCCAGGACCAAAACAUGUUUGCAACUUGGAACCAACUAAUGCUGAAAAAAGUGCACCAUAUGAUAAUUUAAAAUGCUUACUUGCUAUUUCACUGGGUUACAAGAGAGAGGCUGGAUGGGAAAAUAAUUCACUUUCCAUCCCGCUGCAUGGUGUUUGCUACAUUUAUUCCAUUGAGCUUCACUGCCAAAAUUCUACAAAAUCUGAUUAUCAGAUAUCACUACUAUUUCUAGCUUUUAAAUCUUUACCUCAUUGAAAGCAUGCAAUGGAAUUGCUUGUAAACAAAAAUCUCAGUGUAAAAAAAAAAACUAGCAACUUGAAGAGUUCAUAAAAAACAAACACACUUUUGAAAAACUGUUUCUGAUGGCGAUGUAUAAUAAAAACAUGUUAAUCAGACAAUAAUUAUUGAUAAUUCAGUAAUAUUAUUAUUCAACAGACUGUGCACAGUGUUAUUAUGUUUCCAUAAAAAUGUGUUAUAUAUUUUACUAAAAGCCUCAUUAAGCCUGCACACAAGUCAGUGUAAGAAGGUUAAUUAACUUAGCACACUCCCCUUAUAUGUCGCCAAAAUGCCAGUGACUGUGAGCCGCCAUAAACCCCAGGCAAGAUACUGCUCUGGCGCAUAACAAAUGUAGACUAACCCUGGCUGUGAAUACUGAUUAUUAUCUGUGAUGUUAAAUAUGAGCUUAACUUUGCCCUCACGAAACCGAUUCCCCCAGCAACUUUGCAGUAGUUAUUAUUAUUUUAUGAACACAUUUGGGUUUGUCCGAGAUAAAUUGGUGGCAGCACCUACAAGUACAUUUAACAACUUAUAAAGAGCCAAACUUUGCUGUCAGCAUUCAGUUCGGACAGUCUGAAGAAUUUAAAGAAAAUCAUGGAAACUUGUAAAUCUGAAUUAAAAUUUCACUCUAAUUCUAUUUAGAUCAGCUGAUUUUGAUUUGAACUCCAUGGCCUAGAGUACUAAAAAACACAGCUGUCCUAAUAAGAUAUAACAAUGAUUUUUCUCCUGGUAUAUUAAUUGUAACUUAGUUUCUUUUUAAAAAAAUAUUUCUUUCAGAGGACAGAAACCAACGACUAGAAAAGUAUUCUUUUUUAUGAAACUGGCCAGUAAAUAUUCAUUUCAAGUUUGAUUCCGUAAUUUUUCUACGUCUUUCAGAGCAUAGCACUACAGUUGAAUGCAUGACCUGACUCAGUAGGAAGCGUGAUCUAUUAACUAGCACUUGUCAUUCUCAAACUUCCGUUCUGAUGCCAAAAUGAUGGUGUUACGCGAAAUCUUCCUUGAUGAUGUCUGUAACAAAACAAGUCUAAAGAAUACAUGCAAAUUAUAUAUAUUGUCCUCAUGUUUAAAACUUAAUAUCCUAUUUUUUACACGCUUCUGUUAUUCAAGAGGAAAAAAUUGUUCACGACAGCUUGCGGAGAUUAAAAUACAACGUGCAGCAAUGUUGACUUGACGGGACAAGUAAGUUCGUAUCCAAGACUGACCGUCUCUCAUUCUUAGACAGGAAGGCUCUUUCCUGAUAGCUUAAAUCUACAAAAGACUCUCAAUAAUCCUUCUGCCAAUAUUCUACUGUUACAAAUUGUCACGUAGGAGCCAUUACAUCUUGACGACCUCAUAUUUGCAAAAAUAGUUGGCAACAAAAAGGGUUCGAAAACCACAGCUCUAACAUUGCUAUUGUUUGAGGGGUCAAGUACAGAUCUCGAGAAAUAAAUUAAACCCACAAAUUGUCUAAUGGCAACUUUUUCACUCGAGUUAUCUCUUGUCAAUCGGCGUUUUCGCAAAGAGUUAAGCGUUCGGUGGACGUUCUUAACCAAACAAUUUUACUCAAUUUUAGCACAUUUAGACGAUAAAUUCCCUUUAAAUAAAUUUGGAACUCAUUAGCAAUGAAUUGCUUUUAAACAACUAGAACGGAGUGCAAAGUGUUACGCAUCAAUUCACGGCAAAACAGAGAACCAAUUAAACGCGACCGAUCUUUCGUGCGAAAUUUCCCGUUCAGCGUGUGAUAAAUCAUCACACUCAAUAUUUCACACAUCAGUUUUCAAUCGCGUUGACGGCGCGAUGCAGAUGAAAAGCACUGAAUUUUUUGAAUGAUCGAGAAAAACAUCUUUCCUCCUUCCCUCGAGGUAUGCGACAGAGAAGAGGAACUGGCUGCACUAGCAAUUACGGUGUAAUUUCCUAAGCACGUGUGCCGCCAGAGUCGGUCGAAAUAUAGGCGAACAAAUUUUAUGCACAGUACAACUGGCGCCUUUCGAAGAAUGGGUAAUUGACCUGGGGGCACAAAGCGUGGCCUUGAAAGGGAAGCCGAAAGGACAAAUACUAAAGCUUUGUCUACAACUGAUCUAAUAUUUAUGCGUAAGGCACAUUUGCGUUCCGCAGUGAAGUACUUGAAACUUAGAAACUUCAAUAUAUACGCCACACGAAGGAAAGAGAAAUUUAGGCGCUCUGCCCAAAGCUGAAAGGAUACAAAUCGAGAAACUAUUACCUCCAAUUAGCACAGUAUUUAUGCCUGUCUGUCCCGAUACUUUCGAAUCAGCUUAUCAAUGAGAAGCAUCUUUCAUUUUCGUCAUAUUUUCGGUGUACCUGUAAGUCAACAAGAAUUAGAUAAAAUCCUGUUUCGCUUUUGUUUGCGCUGCUAUCGAAUGUCCUCGGGCGCCAUCUUUGCCAAACACCGUCAGUAGACCUAUCACGGGACGUCGGCGGGAUCACAAAGGAAUACAAAAACAGUGGGGUGGAGUAAUUUUCACGCAAUAUUUACUUCCCAAAACUGAGGAAGAUAGAUCCCUUUUCCAGCCAAAUAAGAUCAUUUAUGAAACUAAAUCACGCUUUUUACUAAAGGGAAGGUUUUUCUUACGGAAAUUUGUAGAUUGCAGGCGAUGAUUGCUUAACAACAUUGAACACUUCCACUACAUCCCUACCCUCCCCAUCCAUCAGAAUCACUUGCAAUCAAGAUUUCCGACCGAGGACAAUGGCAAACCCCAUGACACCUACUGACCGAAAAGAAGUUAGUUAAAGCUCUCAAGAAAAAAGUAUUUCCCACUGGUUUUAAAUCAAAUUUAUGGUUAAAAAUUUGAAAACAAUUUAGAUCUUAUAUUGGUCGUCUUCUCACGCGUAUCUACAAGAUACAUUGCUUCCAUGUUUUUUUUUGUUUCUUUUUUUCUAUAAAGUUGCCACCCGUCCCCACUCCGGUAAUGUUUCAGUAUGCCUCCCCACAGUACUCCCAUGGAAAACGCUCGCCAACAACUCUUUUCGUCUCUGUCUUGGCUAGACAAGACGGCUAUGCUUAGAAGUGAAGCCUUUUCUUCUUCAUCACGUAUGUGAAAGGAAACGAUGGGCAACGCGCCUUGCUCGAAAAGAGAACAGCUCGAUGUAAGCCCCGAAGUUCUUGUUUGUAGGUUGAAAAGAGCUGCAUAUAAAGGCUCAAAGAAGGAUCUUCGUGAGCUCCUUAAACUGGGGGCACCUAUCGAUGGAUGUCACAAGUAUGGGAAGACUGCACUCCACGAAGCUGUGAGACACGGACAAUUUAGAUGCGUCGAAAUUCUACUGAACUAUCGAGCAAAUGUAAAUAUAGCGACUUAUGAUGGCCUUACGCCAUUACACGAAGCAGCUGAACAGGGCUUUGUAGAUUGUUUGACAGCGCUUUUAAAUCAUGGCGCUGAAGUAAAUGCCGCGACCAGAAGUCAGUGGACAGCCUUGCAUUAUGCAGCGAGAAAUGGACACAGAGAUUGUUUAGAAGUCCUUUUACAACAUGGGGCUAAUGUAAAUGCAACCGCAAAUGGUGGUUGGAGACCUUUGCACACGGCUGUUCGGCAUGGACAUACAAUGUGUGUUGAACUUUUACUACUCUAUAACGCUGAAGUGGACCCUCCUUUGGUACCUUCUUGGCGGAUUCUUCAAGUCCCUCUUCAUCAUGCAGCAGAAUACGGGCAUUUAGCAUGCUUAGAGGCACUGCUUCGGCAAGGUGCUGACGUCAAUUCCAAGACAGCUGAAGGAUGGACAGCUAUGCACUCAGCAGCACUGUAUGGACGCACUUCUUGUGUAGAAGCACUAAUCAGAUAUGGGGCAGAUGUGGAUGCCAAAACUGUUUGUGUUACGCAAGGGACAUCUUAUAAUGAUACGCCACUACAUUUGGCUGCAAGACACAGUCAUACAAUGUGUAUCAAGAGACUUAUUCAGGCUAAUGCCAAUUUAUGGACUAAAAAUUGCCUUGGACUUACAGCUGAAAGAUUUGUGACUGAUUCAAGACUUCGGGACUGGAUGGAAAGCAUCCGAAGUAGACCGAGAUCACUACAAUUACAGUGCUCUGCGGCAAUCAGAAACUAUCUUCAACCGGACAAAACAAAAAAUGCUAUGAAGCUGCCACUUCCGAUGCAUCUUCUGAGACAAGUUCUUUUUGAGCAAGAUAUCAAGAUUGUAUAGCAUCAAAUUAUAAUUAUAUUACUACUACUACUAUGGACAAGAAUGCCAACAACAGGCGAAGCCCUGGUUUCUCCAAACUGGACAAAUGUAAAUGGUGUAAAGCAGCAAUAAGCUUGAAACAACUUGGUGCAAGAGAGAUUUUUUAAAUGUGUUGUCUAAAACGGUGUUGCAACAUGGUAAAUAUUAAUAGCAGUAACUUGUUGCGCAGCCUUAAUCUGUGAGUCUCCUGUCACUAUCACUUAUUUUCCGCAAACUAUCCAUUUGGUAUUUUUCAGCAGCUCAAUCAAGAUCUUAAUGCUUACUUCAUGUAACAGGCCACAGGUCAAUAGCCCAUUCAGCUUCUCCUCAUGGGCUAUUGACCAGUAGCCCUCGCAGGCUACGGGUCUAAUUGUUAAUUAAUGUGACCACUGUAACUGAGGGCACUGAGAAAAUGAAAAGUAAUUACUUCAAUGCAGAGUAGGAUAGAGAAUUUAAACUUUUUUUCCAGGUUGGGAAAAAAAUUGGCAAUUGGCUUGAACAAGUGAAGUUGUUGAACCAUGCUACAAGAUGGCAUUGUUUUGAACACCUCAGUGGCCCUGUUUGAAGUUUGUGCAAUUUAAUGAGAUCAACAUCAUCUUUUAUUGCCAUCAGCUGUUUGAAUACAAGUUGUUCUGUGCUAAACAAAAACAGGCAUGGUGUCCACCAACCAUGUCUGCAUGCUUUUGAUAUAUCUUUUGCUGCAUAGUUUUGUACGUUUGUUGCCGUAAGCACGUGUAUCUCUCUGUUAUGAAACUGAUUGACUACUCAGUUCUGCUGGCUGUUUCUUGUUAUCACAAGUUGCUGUUUGAUUGCAUUUUAAUCCCAUGGAAGACACGUAAUAUCUCGCUUUAUAAGCGUCAGUUUACACAAUUCUCUAUUUUUAAGUUUUUCUAUUUUUUAUAGCUAUUUAAAUUUAUGUUCCUACGACAUCAUUCACUUCGAAUGACACAAUGAAGUUGACUUGUUUAAAAGUCAAUUGUAUUUGUUUCAUGUCACCUAUGGUGUUGAACAGGUUACAGCCAUCAGAUGUACAAAAGAGAUUGGCAGUUAUGCAUGUUUCAGGAAACCAUUACACUUAAUUAGACCCCUUAAUUGGGAAGUCUGUUUGGUUAAUGUUGGUAUGUUAACAAACUUGAAGUUACAGGUACAGCUGUAAUAAUGGAGAAUUCCCUGUAUGAGAUGCACCUGCAGGGAAUCAUGUUAGUUGUAUUCAUCAUCUUGCACUGGAUAUUUGAUUUGAUGAAUACAGCUACCAUGAUUCCCUGCGGGUGCAUCUUAUAGCAGGAUUGGUUUCCAAUCGUUUUCAAGACCAAACCCAGAUUUGUUGGACAUUCACCACUGUCAUUAACUGUGUAAGCAGUUUUAGUUUGGUUUUGGUGUGAAAUCUGAUUGGUUGAGCCUAUGUCUAUCUAGCCAGAGAGGGAACAGAGUAUUUUUCAACUUAUUCUCUGAAUUUACCAUCUCUGAUGGAGAAUAACCUGUUUGUACCGAGUACGUUCUCACCUAGAAACUAGGACAGAGAAGAUCACAAGUGAAAUCCCUGUAAUGCAUUCAUGCCAAUAGUUAUCCUUUAUUUUUAUCUCUUUGCACCCGGAGAGAACUCGAUUUUUGACCAGGGCUGCAGGCUCAAACAAGUAAGGACUGGGGCAGAGAUGUACUGUGUGCGUUGUCCCCAUUUCUUCUCUCCCUUGUUUGCAUGACUUAGCAAACAAGUUCUAAUAAUUAUUGGCAUUUAUAACGUCUACAUACAUUUGAUAUACGUCACAUAUUAAAUAAAUAUUUGUCUCCAUUUGAAAGAGACAGGAGAAACAUUGAAUUGGUACAAAUAAAGUAAGACAUCUAAAGUCA